AUGUGUGUGGUUGAUGCAGCCGCACAACACGUAGACUUAGUGCACCAACCACGCCCAACCCAAACCAACCACGCCCAACAUAAACCAGCCACGCCCAACACAAACCAACCACGCCCAACACAUACCAACCACGCAAAACAUAAACCAACCACGCCCAACACAAAACAACCACGCCCAACACAAAAUAACCACGCCCAACAUAUACCAACCACGGCCAACAGAAACCAACCACACCCAACACAAAACAACCACGCCCAACACAAAACAACCACGCCCAACACAAAACAACCACGCCCAACACAAAACAACCUCGCCCAACACAAACCAACCACGCCCAACACAAACCAACCUCGCCCAACACAAACCAACCUCGCCCAACACAAACCAACCACGCCCAACACAAACCAACCUCGCCCAACACAAACCAACCUCGCCCAACACAAACCAACCACGCCCACCACAAACCAACCUCGCCCAACACAAACCAGCCACGCCCAACACAAACCAACCUCGCCCUACACAAAUCAACCACGCCCAACACAAACCAACCACGCCCAACACAAACCAACCACGCCUAACACAAACCAACCACACCCAACACAAACCAACCACGCCCAACACAAACCAACCACACCCAACACAAACCAACCACGCCCAACACAAACCAACCACACCCAACACAAACCAACCACACCCAACACAAACCAACCACACCCAACACAAACCAACCACACCCAACACAAACCAACCACGACCGACACAAACCAACCACACCCAACACAAGAGUAG